AAAAUAAAACAAAAAAAGAACUGAAGGAAGAGGAUCCCAGAGAAGCCUGCGUACCAUUGUUGAAGAUGACUCCACGAUGACAAACUAAUUUUGCUUGUUAGGAUCAAAGGCCUCAUGGGUUCAACGGCUACUAGAAGUAUAGUUCAAAAGUUAGGUAGUGCGGUUAAAGAAGUGGCCAGGACCAAAUGCUCAAGCUGGUGGUACACACCCCACAUGGCAGCUGCUUCCCGCGCUAUUGCUGAACGUAUCCCUUUGGUUGAUUUCGUCCUCGAAGUUCGCGAUGCAAGGAUUCCUUUGUCAUCAGAAUGCAGCCAACUCGGUGAUUUGUUGUCUUCUUCAAGGCGCAUCAUUGUCUUGAACAAGAUAGACCUUGCAAAACAAUCAGCUAUGAAGGAGUGGACCAAGUAUUUCAACCAAGAAAAGUCUCCUGCUUUCGGAGUCAACGCGCAUAAUAAGGAAAACAUCAGAGAGUUCCUCAACUUUCUGCAAGCUAGAGCUAGAGAACUUCUGAAGACAGGUCACUCCGGUCAAACGAUAACUCUAAUGCUUGUUGGAAUGCCUAAUGUAGGCAAGUCUGCCCUCGCCAAUGCACUGCACCAAGUUGGAAGGAUAAGCGCUCUAGAGAAAGGGAAGUUAAAGCAUGCCACCGUGAAUCCACAACCAGGGGAGACAAAAAAUAUAAGCAGCUUAAAGAUUGCCAGUCAUCCGAAUAUCUACGUCUUGGACACUCCUGGUAUCUUGCCUCCAGAGAUUUUUGGUGACGAACUGUGCUCUAAACUAGCUUUAAUAGGAGCUAUCAGGGACUGCAUUGUUGGGAAAAAUGAUUUAGCUCAUUACUUUCUUGCUGUUCUUAAUUUGAGCCAAGAAUACAAGAAAUGGUCAAGGUUUUCUGCCAUGGAGAAUGUUAGAUCAUCAAUUUAUCAGGAAGGGGAGCUUUCUGAGAGCUCUCACGUGGACAAGAGGCAAUAUGCAACUGAUCACACACAGGAUUUCAUCGUAAAUGAUGUUCGGCGAACUCUUUGUGAAGCUGUUUCAACUUUCAGCGGAGAUCUGGAAAAUGAUAAGUAUUUGGAACAGCUCAUUGAAGUAGAGUCCAGAAUGUUACGAAAUGCCUUUCGUGUUACUCAAUCAGAAGUGGAUGGUCAUACUAAAGUUGCUAUUAAAUUAUUGGAUCUGUAUCGCACAGGAAGGCUUGGUCAUUAUGUUUUAGAUGAUAUUCCAAGGAUUUCCUGAGAAUAUAAACCUGGCCAUCUUUUUCUUGCACUUUUUAUGUUUCACUUUUCUUGAAAGCC